UAUCAAGCAGAACAAAUGAGCAAAUGUAAUACAAGUUGAAACCAGCACAAACAAAAAAGAAAACACUGCCAGAGGAAGAGUGUGUCCAAAUGGCAGAGGGAAAAGGAAGAGUCUGUGUCACUGGAGGUACAGGGUUUCUUGCUUCAUGGAUUAUCAAGAGACUCCUUGAAGAUGGAUAUUCUGUCAAUACCACUAUUAGAUCCAAUUCAGGUGGUAAGAGAGAUGUUAGCUUCCUCACAAAUCUACCUGGUGCAACAUCUGAGAAGCUACAAAUCUUCAAUGCUGAUCUCUGCAUCCCUGAAAGUUUUGGUCCUGCAGUUGAAGGGUGUGUUGGGAUAUUCCACACUGCUACCCCAGUUGAUUUUGCAGUGAAUGAACCUGAAGAGGUGGUGACCAAAAGAACCGUUGAUGGAGCUCUAGGCAUCUUGAAAGCGUGCGUGAAUUCAAAGACCGUGAAGCGGGUUGUGUACACUUCGAGUGGCUCUGCAGCUUCCUUCAGCGGCAAAGAUGGCGGAGAUGCGUUGGAUGAGAGUUACUGGAGUGAUGUUGACUUGCUUAGGAAGGUGAAACCUUUUGGCUGGUCCUAUGCAGUUUCUAAGACAUUGGCAGAGAAGGCUGUGCUUGAAUUUGGGGAAAAACAUGGGUUGGAAGUUGUGACUCUGAUUCCUACUUUUGUUGUUGGACCUUGGGUUUGUCCUAAGCUUCCUGACUCAGUUGAGAGAGCACUGGUUUUGGUUUUAGGGAAAAAGGAACAAAUCGGUGUCAUUCGUUUCCAUAUGGUUCAUGUGGAUGAUGUGGCUAGAGCACAUAUAUUCCUUCUUGAGCAUCCUAAUCCCAAAGGAAGAUACAACUGCUCCCCAUUCAUUGUCCCAAUUGAAGAGAUGUCUAAACUUCUUUCAGCCAAAUACCCUGAAUAUCAAAUACCAUCAGUAGAGGAGCUGAAGGGAAUCGAAGGUUUCAAGCAGCCAGAUUUAAUCUCAAACAAAAUCAGGGAUGCUGGAUUCGAGUUCAAGUAUAGCCUUGAGGACUUGUUUGAUGAUGCAAUUCAAUGCUGCAAGGAAAAGGGUUAUCUGUAAUCCAUUUUAGUCCUGAAGUUGAGGAAACAAUAAAUUCCGAAAGAGGAUCGAUUGUUUUUACUUUUUCAUACCGCUGGAAAUGAUGGCUCUCAAGACAUGUACACCACUUUAUGUAUGAUGUUGUGUUAUGUUAUUGCAAUAAAUCAAUUAAUGAAAUGAAAUAAUGCUUUUUA